AUGACAGGCGCCCUUGUCUCUUCAGGAGUCGGAAAGCUGGAGCACUACGGGCGGGAGGUGUGGAGGAGGGUAUUUGCGAUGCCCGAUUCGGUAUGUAUUUCUCUGGCUGUACCCAAUAAAUCUGCCAUGACAGCAACACCGAUCCUCGCUGAGCCAAGUGGCUACAGUAAAAAGCCGGCAAAGGGGGUUAAUGUCCCUAUCCAGUGUCAUCUGACAAAAGCACCUGUCACAUCAGGAUCACACAAUCCAGAAAGUAGUAGGGUCAAUCACAAGGCCACUUUAAUCCGGAGUAAAGAGGAUAAUGUUCCCCCUUACCUCCCUCCCUCUCCCUCGGGGGAUCCGCCGCACACAAAAGCCCUGACACAUGAGGAAGGUGUGAGAGUUCUCCCGCCACCACAGGAAAUGAUGGUGUGGAUGCAGGAAGAGAAUGGGAGCUCUUUUCGAGAGAAAACAGGAGCAUUACGCAAAAUAUUAAAGAAACAAGUGGAGCUGGUGUAUAUUAGUGCACCACACCACGUUCCUGCAAUUCAGAACCAAAACAGCCAGUGGUGGUGAUGAGGAUGUGAGAGCAGCCUGGGUCUGGAAGAGAGUGUAGAGACUGUGAAAACUGCAGUGAAGGAUCUUGGCCCCUUCGAUGGCAUCCUGGGCUUUAGUCAAGGUGCCGCCCUGGUGGCUAUGCUGUGUGCCCUGCAAGAACAAAAGCUAGAGCCUGCUUUUAAUUUCCGCUUUGCCAUCCUGGUCGCCGGAUUCCGCAGUGUCUGUUCCCAGCAUCGGCGCUUUUACGAAGUGCCGGCGAUAACAAUCCCCUCUCUGCAUGUGUUUGGACAGGAAGACCGUGUAAUUCUAGAGGAGAUGAGCCGAGAUCUGCUGCCAGCGUUUGAUGGAGCUCAAAUCCUCAUUCAUCCCGGUGGACUCUUUGUUCCAGCGGCAUCUUCGCACAGGCAGACAUACCAAGACUUCCUCAAGAAGUUUCAGUGAGAUGAUAAAAGAGUAUCUGAGAGUUCCUGGAAUAAAUCAGGUCUACAUUAAAUGUACCACUUGAAAUAUUGCUACAUUAUAAAAGCCUUGGAAAUUGAACGGUCAAUAAAAAGAUGUUUUACACUGUUC